UCCUCAUCCUCACACUCUCUCUCAUCAUCACCAUUCCCACCAUGAAAGCUCACAACAUCACAGAGAUCCUCUCUUCCUUCCCAGACUACACUCUCUUCAACAGCUACCUCACCCAAACAAGGCUCUGUGACGAAAUCAACAGUCGCGAGACCAUCACAGUCCUGGUUCUCAACGAAACGUCCAUGUCUAUCCUCGCAUCCAAACACCCCCUCUCAAUCGUCAAAGCCGAACUCAGCAUCCACAUCCUCCUCGACUACUUCGACGCUGCCAAGCUCCACGACCUCGCCACCGCCACCACCACCGUCACCACUCUCUACCAGACCACCGGCGAAGCUGAAAACGGAGUCGGCUUCGUCAACAUCACCGACUUACAAGGCGGCAAGGUCGGAUUCCGAUCGGCGGCUCCGGGAUCGGCUCUCGACUCGACUUACACUAAAGAGGUGAAGAAAGUACCGUAUAGUAUUGCGGUUUUGGAGAUCAGCGAGCCGAUCAUUGCGCCGGGGGUUUUGAAUUCGCCGGCUGGAUCGGCUUCCGAUGUGAAUAUCACUGAUGUGAUUGUGAAGGCUGGGUGUAUAACUUUUGCGUCGUUGAUUGUGGAGACUGGUGUGUUGAAUGUGUAUCGGAAGGUUGUGAAUACUGGACUGACGAUUUUUGCACCGUCUGAUGAAGCGUUUAAGGCUGCGAAUUUGCCAGAUCUGAGCAAGCUCACGAAUGCUGAGGUGAUCGCGCUCUUACGCUAUCAUGCCCUAGCUAGUUACGAUCCGAUUGGGACGUUGAAGACGAUCAAGGAUCCGAUGGCUACGUUGGCUACGAACUCCGCCGGAAAGUUCGAUUUGACGGUUAAUCUAGCCGGCGAUGAGGUCACUCUGAAGGCCGGUCGAGACUCGUCGCGAAUCUCGAGCACUCUGAUUGAUUCGACUCCUCUCUGCAUUUUCACCGUCGAUCAUGUUCUCAUUCCGAUCGAGCUGUUCGGCAAUGCUUCGUCGCCGGCACCUGCGCCGAAGCCUGUGACUUCUCCAUCUCCGUCGACUGCACCUGCACCGUCACCGGUGGUUCCGGCUCCGAAAUCUGCUGAAGCUCCGCCGCCAGUGUACUCUCCUCCGGCUCCGCCUACGGAAACUCCGGCAGGAUCUCCGGCGGAGGGACCGAACCAGGCCCAGAACAGUACGUCGGGAAAUGUCGCCUACGUGAAAGCUCCGGCAUUGUUCAAUGCUCUCUCAGUGUUAGCUUCAGUUAUUGUCUCUCUCUUGUCCUAGAUCGUAAUUUUGCACCAGGUUUUUUUUAAAAAAAUUUAAAUUUUCAUUUUAGUUUGUUUUUUGGGAGUUAAUUUUAUGUUAGCAGCCGUUACUGGUUAAACUGGUCUUUUUAAUUUAAAUUUGACAUUUAUUUAGCAAAAUGUGAUUGCUCAUCUUCUCCUCAUUUAUUAGUUAAUAAGUUA